ACAUAAUAUGUGAGCGAUUCAUGAAGUGAUGAAUUGGCGGUCAAUCCAGUGAUUGAUUGAUUGAAUCAAUUGUUUAGUAUUUUUCAUAUCAUUUAAUAACCAAUUGAUUACUAAAUUACAGACCAAUUGGUGACAAACUAUCGCUCAGACAUGUCUUCGAGUGUCAGAUCCACUAAAAGUUCACGAAAUACAGCCAUCUUUACGUACGACUCGACACAAAGUCAAACGACAGACCAUCGGACCAGACAUGAGACCAAUGAUGAAGACAUGGAUCGAUUGGUCAGCGAUUGUGUUAAAUAUAUGCUUAUUAUGGACAACAAGAAGACUGCCAUCAAAAGAUCGGAUAUCGUUAAAGCCAUUGUUCGCAAAGGACAGACAGAGCCUAAAGGACAGGCAUUUAAAGGAUUGAUUGACAAAGUUCGCUUACGUUUAGAUCAAGUAUUUGGUAUACAAUUAGUUGAUUGUCCCGACAAAACAAAUGAAUACAUUUUGGUCAACAAAAUGAAUAACAAAGAGAUUGAAUGUAGAAGUGAUGUCCAAAUGUACAGAACAAGUGUUUUGUCAUUAGUAUUGUCUGUGAUCUUCAUGAAUGGCCAGUCGUGUGCCGAACACAUAAUGUGGAACUUUUUGGCCAAACUUGGCUUUGAUGUCAAUUCAAAGUCUCAGUUACUGUCAAUCAAUGAUGAACCGUCAAAUAAUGUGACAAUAAAGAAGAUGAUGACAGAGCAAUGGGUGCGUCAAUUGUAUUUAAAGUACGAUCGCAUGGAUGGAAGUGAUCCGAUCACUCAUGAGUUUCGGUGGGGAGUCAGAGCUGAACAUGAGUUUAAAGAGAUAGAUAUUCUUCAGUUUGUUUGCAAUAUCUAUAACGAUAGCUCAAAACCAGAAGAUUGGAGAUCACAGUAUGAUAAGUGUCAACAACACAAUGAUUUAGAUAAUGAGAUACAUAUUAUCACUGAUUAACUAUAUAUUAACAUUAUUACAGUUGGGUAUUGACAUCAAUAUUGAAUACAAGUAAGGAAUAUCACU